AACGGUGGUUGUUAAUGGUUGGACGGAGGCAGCAGCUAGGCCCAUCAGCUAGCUCGUCCUCAUUCAAUACCCCAACCGGAAGUCUCUCAGUUUUACCACAUCUGGACCAGAGCGUCUGCAGCCUCUCCUUCUCUCUCCAAAAUGUUCUUAUCUUUCACAGUAAAGGGCAGGCUACACCUACACCUUCUUCCUAUCCUAUGAUGAUUCCAUUCCCACAUAACCACAACCUGAAAGUGCAACUCCAUUUCAAGCUUAUGAUUAUGAAACAAACAUCAAUUUGAACACCCAGAAGAAUAAUAACACUCUCUUCUUCCAUUUUAACGCAACUACGUACUACUCUUUCGUUAACAGAAUGAGCCAGUGUGUUCCUAGCUGGGAUCUCGAUGAGUAUCCCUCUCCUGCCAAGCAAUCCCUUCGUUCCAACUCCAAUUCAACCGCACCUGAUGUCCCUAUGUUACACUACGAGGUAGCAGAGCUGACAUGGGAGAACGGCCAAUUAGCCAUGCACGGACUAGGUCCACCUCGAGUGCCUGUAAAACCCAUGGCUUCCACCUCUCCUUCCAAGUACAACAGCUGGGACAAGCCACGCGCCAAUGGAACCCUCGAAUCCAUAGUCAAUCAAGCUACUCGUUUGCCCCAACGUAAGCCUGGUUUGCAGAAUAGUGGAUGUGGUGAAGAGCUUGUCCCAUGGUUCGAACACAACCGGGCAGCAGCACCAGCCGCCUCAUCUACUAUGACUAUGGACGCCUUGGUCCCUUGCUCGAACCGGAAGAACGAACGUAGAGCACACGUGAAGGGCAAUUGCGUGGUGGGUAGUACCACUCUCAUGGGGUCGUGCAGUGGCCCAGCCGCCACUCAAGAUGAGGAGGCUCUCCCCAACGGGAAACGCCCGAGGGUGGCGCGUGUCCCUGUGGCACCUGAAUGGAGCAGCAGGCAAAGCGUGAGUGGAAGCGCAACUUUUGGGAGGGAUAGCCAGCACGUGACGCUGGACACGUGCGAGAGGGACCUGGGUGGGGGUUUCACUUCCACUUCUUUUGGGUCGCAGGAACACACCAGCUGCUGUAAGACUGGAACCAAGACGGCCACCGUAGACGAGAAUGACUCAGUUUGUCACAGUAGACCACAGAGGGAGGCAGGUGAUGAGGAGGAGAAGAAGAAAGGGAACAGGAAAUCCUCAGUUUCAACUAAGAGAAGUAGGGCUGCUGCUAUUCAUAAUCAAUCUGAACGUAAAAGGAGAGAUAAGAUAAACCAAAGGAUGAAGACACUGCAGAAGCUGGUCCCAAAUUCCAGUAAGACGGACAAAGCAUCGAUGCUGGAUGAAGUGAUAGAAUAUCUGAAACAAUUGCAAGCACAAGUACAAAUGAUGAGUAGAAUGACCAUGCAGCCAUUGAUUUUGCCAAUGGCAAUGCAACAGCAACUCCAAAUGUCUAUGAUGGCUCCAAUGAACAUGGGCAUGGGUGUAGGAAUGGGAAUGGCCGGUGUCAAUGUCAUGGACAUGAAUUCAGUUGCUCGUCCCAAUAUUGCUGGUCUCUCUUCAGUGCUUCCUCCAACUGCUUUCGUGCCCAUGACUUCGUGGGAUGGCUCCGGUGACCGCUUACAAUCUGCGCCUUCAGGCACAGUUAUGCCGGAUCCAUUGUCUGCAUUCCUUGCAUGCCAGUCACAGCCGAUGCCCAUAGAUGCUUACAGUAGGAUGGUUGCCAUAUACCAGCAGCUACAACAGCAACCUCCUGCUUCUAGCUCCAAGUGUUAAUAUGCAAAGCCAUAUGUAAAAUCUGCGUAUAGCUGCUGGCCACAGACAAAUAUAUAUAGCAUCAUGUGGCUGUGUUCUAGCUCUUGCUGAUGCUUCUUUGUGGGUAAACAAUCGAUACAACCUGAAACACUACUGUAUUUUUUUUCCCCUCUUUUUCAUUCAUUAAUCUGCGGCCUAUUUAGUGCGUUUGUACCAUUUUUGUUUUCUAAACUUCUCCCCUCUAAUGACAAUGUAUAUAUCUUAUUUUUUAAAACCAUAUAUAUAUAUAUUAGAUUUUAUUUAUAA